AUGUCGUCCUUCACGCGCUCCAACAACCUCGCGCUCCUCACGCACUUCCUCCAGACCGUCUCGGACGCGCGCACCUCCCGCAACGCCCCGCUCCUGGCCAGCCUCCUCUGCGCCGACCCCUUCUACGUCCUCCAGAAUGACCUCAUGCUCUCGCUGCGCUCCGAGCUCAGCAGCAACCCCUCCGCCCUGCAAUCCCGCACCGACAAGAUCAUCGGCGACGAAUGGAUGGGCUUCACCGAGCUGGUCGCGGCCUACCUCAAGUACGUGCUCAACCUGGACCCCGCGGUGCUGUACGACACGGGGACGUCGCGCGCCUGGCAUAGCAGCUUGAAGACGUACAUGGGCGCGAUCAAUCCGGCGUUCAAUUCGCCGCAGGGCGGGGUGCUGAUUCCGCUGGUGAAGGGAACGGCGGCGCUGCUGACGAGCGCGGCGUUGAGGAUUGAUGCGCAGAUUGGGGAUCCGAGGUUUGGAUGCUCGCAUGCGGCGAUGAAUGUGCUGCUGAGGACGUUUAAUUCGACGUUGGGGGAGAGGACGCUGGCGUCGGGGGCGCCGACGAUGCAGACGUUGGGGAAGAAGGCGGCGACGCUGAGGAUUGCGAAUUUACUGUUUAAGCUGUAUUUCAAGCUGAACCAAAUCCGCCUCUGCGCAACAAUCCACACAAACAUCAACGCCGCCUCGAUCCCCUCCUACCUCCACCUCUACCCCAAAUCCGACCGCUGCGCCUACACCUACUACCUCGGCCGCCACCACUUCUUCAACGCCCACUUCACCACCGCCCUCAGCACCCUCACAACCUCCUACAACCUCACGCGCCCCGCCGACAUCUCCCAGCGCCGCCUCCUCCUCCUCUACAUGAUCACCUCUGCCCUCAUCCUGGGCAAAUUCCCGUCGGAGUCCCUCCUGGCCCGCCCCGAGGCCCACGGCCUCGCGCAAAUGUUCUACCCUAUCUGCCGCGCCAUCCGCCUCGGCGACUUCCGCGGCUUCCGCCACGCCCUCGGCGACGAAGGGCCGGAAACGUGGCGCCGCCAGUGGUGGAUCCGCAGGGAGCUGUAUCUGGCGCUAAGAAACAGAUGCCAGAUCCUGCUGUGGCGCGGGCUGAUUAGGCGCACGUGGCUGAUUACGAGGCCGCCCAUGCUGUCGGCUGCACAGGUUGCCGAGGGCGCGAAGGCGGCGCCGCCGACGGUGGGGAUGUGGCAGAUUUUGGUGCUGGUGAGGUUUUUGCAUCGAACCCCUGGGGAGGAGCAGGGGGCUGGGAAGGGGGGGAAUCCGUUGUUUCUGGGUGCGGAGGAGGAGGAUACUGAUGAGGAUGAUGACGGGGAGGAGGACGGGGAGGGCGCGGAUGAAGGUGGGUACUUUGGGCUCAAGGUCAAUAUGAUUGAUGUCGAGAGCGCGAUCGUCAGCCUGUGUGACCAGGGGUUUAUAAAGGGCUACAUUGCCAGGCAGGCGACGGGGCCGCUGAUUGUGUUGGGACGGUCCGGGGCGUUUCCGGCAGUGGCAGAGAUAUAUAAUAGCAGUAGGUGGAAGGCCGAGGGCGAGGAGAGCGGGUCUGAGGAGGGCAAUGGGGGCGCGAUGACGGUGAAUCCGUUUGCGGCCAUGGGCGCCGGGGGGGGGAUGGGUGGUGGGGGGAGGGUGGUCAAUUUGAGUGGUGUGAGGGGGGUGGGGCAGAGGGCUUUUUAG